AUGGCCUUGGAGACUGUGCCUAAGGACCUGCGGCAUCUGUGAGCUUGUCUGCUGUGGUUUCAAUAUGAUGGUUGUGAUAAUUGUGAUGCAUACCCACAAAUGAAGGGUAAUCGAGAGAUGGUAUAUGACUGCACUAGCUCUUCCUUUGAUGGAAUCAUUGCAAUGAUGAGUCCAGAGGAUAGCUGGGUCUCCAAGUGGCAGCGAGUCAGUAACUUUAAGACAGGUGUAUAUGCAGUGCCAGUCACUGGUCACCUGCCCCAAGGAAUCGUGCGGGAACUGAAAAGUCGAGGAGUGGCCUACAAAUCCAGAGACACGGCAAUAAAGACCUAGCAAGAUGCAGGCUGCCAGCACCUUUGCUCUCCACCUCCUUCCUCUGCUUUGUUGUUG